AUGGCCGGCAUUCAGGCCUGCGUCCUCCUGGCUCUUGCCACCAGCGCUCUCGCUGGCUACACCGGCUACGGAUUUGGCCCCGGCUAUGGUCUCGGCUACGGCUAUGGUGGUCUUGGACACGGCUAUGGUCUCGGCUACGGCUAUGGUGGUCUUGGACACGGCUAUGGUCUCGGCUACGCCGGCUACGCUCCAGCUGUACACACUGUCGCUCAUGCUGCCCCUGCCGUCGCCACCGUCGCCCGCGCUCCAGUCGUCACCUACCCGGCUGCCCGAGUUGUCGCUGCUGCUCCAGCCGUGACCAGGUUUGCUACCACCAACCGCGCCCCAGUCGCCACUUACGCCGCUGCUCCAGCUAUUGCCACCUACGCUGCUGCUCCAGUUGCCGCCUACCACACCGCCCCCGCUUUCGCCACCUAUGCCACUGCUCCAGCGGUCGCCACCUAUGCUGCUGCUCCAGCCGUGACCAAGGUUACUACCACCUACCACGCCCCAGCUGUUGCCACCGUUGCUCACGCUCCAGUCGCCAGCUACGCUGUGGCCGCCCCAGCCGUUGCCACCUACGCUGCUGCCCCAGCUGUUGCCACGACCACCGUCCACCACACCCCAGCCGUGGCCACUGUUGCCCACGCUGCCCCAGCUGUCGCUGCUAACCACGCCGCUCCAGUCUACAACUACGGUGUCGGAACGCUUGGUUACGGGGUUGGCCACUACGGCUACGGUCACGGUCUCCUCGGCUACGGCCUGAACUACGGCUAUGGUCUUGGCUCUCCCUACCACUACGGUGCCCUUCUCCGCAAGAAGAAGUGUGAGUAA